AUGGCUAGAACCAAGCAAACAGCACGUAAAUCAACCGGUGGGUCCCCCUCCACUGGAGGUGUCAAGAAGCCCCAUCGUUAUAAGCCAGGAACUGUCGCUCUCCGUGAAAUCCGUCGUUAUCAGAAGUCGACUGAGCUCUUGAUCCGCAAGCUCCCCUUCCAGCGUCUCGUCCGUGAAAUCGCCCAGGACUUCAAGAGCGAUCUCCGUUUCCAGUCAUCCGCCAUCGGUGCCCUCCAGGAAUCCGUUGAGGCUUACCUCGUCUCUCUCUUUGAAGAUACCAAUCUCUGCGCCAUCCACGCCAAGCGUGUCACCAUCCAGAGCAAGGACAUCCAGCUUGCCCGUCGUCUCCGUGGCGAGCGCUCUUAG